AUGAGACAUCUCUCUUUGAUCACUUCACUUGGGCUCUUCGCUCUUGUUGCCAGCGGAAUCCCGGCAUUGGCAACAUGUGGACCCAAUACGCUGACCAUAAGAAAGAGAUCGAGAGAUGACAGAUUUGGCUCCACCGACGAUGGACAGAGAGAUCCCAAUGGAUUCAGACACGUAGGCGACGAUGGAAUCUUGCGAUACUUCAACGGCAAUGGAGAAGUGCUUAAUUACAAGAGGUUAGAUAAAGAGCAGUUGUCUAACCUGGCAUCAACGUAUCCGGAGCCCGAGCAUCGGGAUCACUUGCACGAUGUAUGGAAGGACGUUAAUAGCUCGACGGUUUCCUCUGAGCAAAUCUGGAACCCGUCCAAAGAGUUACUUCCAGUUGUGCUGAAACAGCCAGAACUGCUUCAAGAGACGGGAGUCUCCAAGAAACCAAAAGCUCCGGAUGUAUUGAAACGCUCAGAUGGCGGCGAAAAUGUUAACUGCCUCGUUAUCUCCUGUUAUACUGACGGUGAAUGCGCUGUGUGGGACUGCUGGUAUUGUCUACAUCACGACGAAUUCAUAAGUGGCAUUUGCAUGCAAUGA